GAAAGGCAUUGCGCAUGCGUGCAAAAAUUACCCGCCUGGAGUUAGACCAUCUUUCAUAUCAUUUGUAGGCUGGGUAUUUGCACAGCGUAAUAAAAUGUUGCGACACAAAAGUCAGAAAGGCUUGAGUAGAAAGUCUAUAUUUCAAUCCUAUGAAAGCUGGCAGUAUACCGGUAUUGGCUACACCCGGAUAAGCCAGCUUCCCCCACACAUCUUGGGGAAGAUUGGAGAACAACAGGAAGUGGCGGAACUUAUCCAAUCACUUGACCAGUACAGUGUACAACUUGGAUUUGACUGUGAUGAAUGUCUCAAAAGUCUUAAGAAGCUUCUUGGUAAGCUGAUGAACUUUGAACCCAGACGAUCUCAGGAUGAAGGUCCCCAGGACCAGAAGCAGGACAAGUUUGCCGUGGAGUUCUUUGAGCUGGGGGGAGUUGACGUGCUACUGCGAUUGCUUAUCUUCGGCUCGCUCUUCCCACACCCAGUUAGACAUGGCAAAGUGAUCUGGGAAUCUGAGAGAAUGCUGCGGAUCAAAAGUCUCGUCUUGGAGAUUCUCACCAAGAUCACCACAACUAGUGUUGGUGAGAGAGUGACCACCGAGCUAAUGAGAAGUGACGACACACUCAACUACAUCUUCACACUACUAGCACACCAGAAAACAUUUGUCAAUGCUUGUCAACUCAUUGAGGACAUGCUACAGUCUCGUAAAGAAGUGCUCGACUUGCACAGAAUAACCAACUUGAGAGGGUUGAUCAGCUGUCUGGACGAUGUUCAACUGGCCAACUUCUGUCGUAUUCUUGCUGUUGUGAUCUCAGAUUUAGAUAUUUAUGAAAACAAAUCCUCAUUAUUUGCUCAGAACAAGCAGAAGAGGAGUAGAGGGUUUGUUAACCUGAGAGACAUCAACCAAGAACUAUUAUUGGGAAUUCCAGAACUACUUCCUCGACUUGUGAAGCUUGCCAUUGCCAAAGAAUAUCUGUUUCAUGCAGAUACUCCCCGAUACCGAGGAAUGGUUAGCGAGCUGGACUGCUGGAUGGAGUGGAUUGAGAACCAAAUGGCAGACGAGUUGUAUGAAACACAGACAGUUGAUGACUUCGAGGAAUACAUCGGAGGUGUGUCUGAGCCAACCACAGAGGGUGGAUCUCUCAUUCUACAGCAGGGCUUGAAGAUCACAGAGGAAUUGGUACAGAGAGUUGAAGUAGUCUAUGUCCUAGGUUUAUUCCUACUUGGAAAACACAGAAAAAAAGUACAACGGAAGUUAGCCGACCUGAAACUGGCGCCUGGUCUCAGUGAAUUGUUUGACCAGUUCAUCUGGAAAUGUCAAGUGAACAGGUACCACAGUCGGCAUAGAUUGAGGGGUCAUAAUGCAGCCUGUGAAUGCAGUCCGGAAGUUGCAUUGAAAAUCCAGUUCCUGAGACUUGUCCACAGCUUCUGUGAUCAUUCAGACUACAAGCAUCUACUACUUUCCAAAAACGAGCUCAAUGAAGUAAAAAGAAUCAAUGCCAAAGCUGGUUCUUUGGCUCUGCCAUCUCUAGAAAACGUAAACAGAUCCCUCAUGUGCCGGGGUAGCAAGGGUCUUCUCACAAAGAUUGUAGAAGUCAUGAAGAAGGAGCCUACGACGUCUACAUUCAGGUUCUGGCUUGCCCGAGCUGUGGAGAGUUACCUGCGCGGUGAUACAUCCUACUGUGAUCAGGUCUUCCUCAUGCGGAGGGGACUACUUCAGCAUGUUGCAACCAACAUAGUCGAGCAUGAGAUUCGCCACAAGGAGAUUCUGCAGAGCAGUUUUGACUUGCUUGGGGAGUUGGUUAAGUUUAACAUCGAAGCAUUCAAGACGUUUGACACGAUCCUCAAUACACAAGCCAAGUUAGACAAGUUUGUAGCAACGGUCAACCGGAACCUUGUUGACUCCAACAUGUUCAUCAGGAGCCUAGUCUUAUCUCUAGAACACUUCACAAAUGAAGAUAACGGGGAGUAUGCCAAGAAGGACUGCAAGCUGUUGACGUACAUUGGCAACUUCCAGAGACAGAUGGAGUACCUGUACAAGCUCAUCCAUAUCAUCAAUGUCCAGAACCUCACACAGGAGAAUGUGAGCUGUCUGAACACAACGCUUGUCUUUCUGAUGUUUGCCAACCAGAAGAACAAGCUCCCCCAGUAUCUGCGCGCUCUCCGUGAUGAGAAGGAUGAUCUCCUAGAUGUACAUGGCUCAAGCUCAGUUAUGCAAAACUUCAGGGAUCUGUUGAUCUUCUGGCAAGAUCACUAUCUCCAUAAAGACAAAGACUGCAGUGCCUUAGAGAAGAGUUCCCGGAUUAGUUUCUCAUACUGGAAAAAGACAGUGAAUAUGUUGGUGUCUGAGGACAAGUCCCAGCCAACAGCAGUGCUACAUUAUGUGACGCCAUUGUCAGGAGACCGAAAUAACUGACCUUGACCUUGGCUUCCAGUCUCAAAUCCCCGCCAAUAACGGUACAAUUGCUGUGAUGUUCAUUACAGGGAGAAACUGUCGGUUGACUUCAACUUGCUUCCGUAUCAUAUUUUCACAGGUGCUUACAAGUUGAAAUUUCAAGGGAGACUUUUGAGGAGCGAUCCUUGGAUUUCACUUUUGAGGAAAAUUGGUUUCUAUGGUUAUUGUUUUCAGGGUUGUGCAAAUAUGUUGAAGAUAUUUUUUCCCCCAAACCAGCCAAAAAAGCCCUCAGUUUUGGCUAGUGCUGACAUGUUCUCCUGAACAGUCAAACUCAAGUCUUUCAGAUUUUACACAAACUCUUGAGUGUUUACGGAGGGAACUUGACACUGCCACUACAGUCACAGUGACUGUGGAUGGACAAGGCCACUAUCUACAAGCACAGCAACUGUGGAUGGACACGGCUAUGAUCUGCAAGCACAGGGACUAUUGGAAACUAUUCCCAAUUGAUUAGAGGAGAGUGCAAGCAACAGAUCUGUUCAUGGGUUUCUGACUAUUUAUGAGGAUUUGAUAAUGAUGGAAUCCUUUCUGGAUGGUUGCCUUGUUCAUACUGGAAGGAAUGGGCGUUUUAUUUCGUUGCCAUGCAAACCUCGUAUUGAUGGUUACGUUUGGAUAGCCACAUGUUCAGAAGUGAUGCUGCAUUGAUUCAGAAGUUGGUUUGUGCUGACAUUUCAGAAGACCAACAUGAAACGUGUUUCAAUGACCAGAACAAAUUGUGUGGAUCGUACCUGAAUAUGUCAUAGUAUGUAUAGCGAUGGGAACAUGGCUUCAGUUGCCAUGGUUACCUAUGAGACCUUGUUCUUGGAAGUUAACCUCAUCAGUGCGAGUUCGAUUGACGGCAGGAAUGGAAUGGUUUCUUGAUUAUUGAUAUAUUAUGAACUGGACGCCAUAGGGUAUGCAGUUUUAACUGGUACAGGCAUGCAUGUGGAUGGCUAUCAAGUGUCUACAAACAGUUUGAAAACAAGGUUUUACUUAUUUAUGCACAAGAUGGAUUCAGAAAAUUCUCCAUGUUCAUGCGGACAAAGGAACUGUUCAAACCGGUUUUGUAUCUUUAGGCCUAGCCUGAAUGUACAGUGGAUGACACAAAAAAAUUAAAAUGUGUAAAUUUUGUACAUGUGUAAAUAUUUAUUGUCAUGUCUGUGUAUGUUUUUAAACAUGUUGACUAUGUGUUGUGCAGUGUUGUGUUUGUACUGUGGUCUCAUUCCAUACAUAAUUUAGCGCUAUGACUGUCUAUGGAAUGUUAUUCAAUACUUCAGAAAUAUCCAAUGAUAUCAUUGAAGUUUUACACAAAUAGUUUGGCUCUUUUUUUUCUUGCAUUUCCACGGUUACAAGUUCAAGUGCUAAGAGAAGGGUAAGAUUAGUUUCAGAGCUAAUAAUUAAUAAGAUUGUCCAUACCACAAAAAAGAAAUUCUUGAAUUGAGCCACAUUAUUCUGGUCUGAAAAUGGAAUAUUAAUUUAUGUGCUAUGUCAAUAUUUGAAACAUGAAAAAUCCCUUCUCAUUCAAGAUUUGAAACAAAUACUAUCCCCAGCAUAAAACCCAACUUCCUAACUUGCUGAUACGGCAAAACUGAAACAACUGGACACGAUUCCAAAUGCACUCAAUUUAGUUUCUAGGUAGACUUUAGCCAUCAAGAAAUUCUCGACAGCCAAGGUGUAAUGGUUAUGUGAAAUGAGACCUGGUUUGAUAUGAAUGAAAGGGUGGAAGGAGCGAUGGUUUGUGUCUGUUUUAUGAUCUGCACGAAUUAACUUCAUUGACAUGUCUGGGAGAUACUUGAUCUGAGUGAUUAUUGUCUGAAAUGUGGACUGUUUUACUUGCCCUUAAUCUUGAAUCAAAUUACUGUUGGCCAGAUUGCAUGUUUUCUUGUAUAAGCAUGACAAGUAAUGAGCUUUUGUUUGUGAUAUCAAAAUGCUGAUUUCUCAUAUUUGACCUAGGAAUUAAAUAAGAUGUAAUGUUUUAAGGAAAUGACUGUGAAUAUGUUUUAUCUGUGGUAUUUACAACAUAUUUAUGAAUGUUUCUUUUAUCAAAAUGUAUGUAUCCAUUGUACCUUACAUAGUAUUUUUAUUGUAAGUUAUGGAAUAUUUUUUAUACAAACUAUAUAUUAGAAGGGCAAAAUUUAAAGCAGUUGUUAAUGUUAAAUGUUGUUAGUAUUAUGAGCUGAAGCAUUGGCAAUCAUGGUUUGUGAGCCUAAUGUUGAUCAGUCCGACAGCCUUAAACAAAAUUGUUUCAUCAUUUUGAACUUCCAAUGAAAUUUGAAAUUUAAUCGUGUGCGGGAAUUCUAUUUCCUGUUUCAAAAUUGCUGUGAUGGUUUAACAUUGACACACAUGCUGCAGACAUUUCCUGUGUACAACGUAUGAAGCCCAUGUCUGGUGUCCCCUGCGAGUAUUUCUGGAAAAUUGCUUAAUAGGCAUAAGACCCAACUCACUAACUACUAAUCCAUGAUUUGGUUUUGUAGUUGGUUUGUCUAAUCUUGCUAACUGAGGCUGGAGAGGUCUACUGCCAUGAGCCUGUACCUGAGACAUGAGACUAAAGCAGUAGCGUGACCCUGAUGUGUGGGCCUUGGUAUUUCACGCCAGUAGUCAACCAGCUGGAAAACACUGAUUCUUGAUGCAAACUCAGUGACAAACAUACACAUUUUUUUACAUGAGCAUAUUCUAAACUGAAGACACACGGCCAUGAGCAAACAGUAUAUUCAUUAUUUUUUCGAGCUCCGAGAUAUAGCUAUCAAGGGAUGGCGACUUUGAAAUAAAUAUCAAGCAUGUUUCUUUGUUUUUUUAUGAACUCUUUCUGGUCUACUAGAACUACAAAAUAUGAAUAUUUCAUCUUGGGUAACACUUGCUUAAGGGUAUUCUCCAGCAGUUUUUCUUACAAAUCGGCUGUUCACAUUUUUGCAUUAACAGUGUUAUUAGGUUAUUUAAUUGCUGUUCCUAUUGAGUUGAACAUUAUACAAAGAAAACUAAAGGCAAUCAUGUUCAAAUACUCAACAAUUGUCAUGAGGUGAAGUGGUAUUUAAGCAUGCUCUGCUGAACUGCAGAAAAAAACACCCAGAUACCAUGAUGAAGGUAACAGAAAAGGUCAGCAUUAAAAGUACCGGCACUCCAUUGCAUGGUGUCUUAUCUGACGGUCUGUUGCUGAAGUAGGUUUGUGGAUGGAGAGAAUGUACGACGGACGGAUGUGGCAUGCAAGUUUUAACGAUGUAUGAAUGGUAUAUAUUUUAAUGUUUAUGCUGUCUGUACUGUUACGUUUUAGAUAGGUACUGUACAGCAAAGAAAAGCCUGUAUCAUACAAAAAAAAGUAAAUAAAUUUCUAUUGUAACACAA